UGAAAACUCUGUUUCAGUAUGGCGGUGUGUAAGCGCAAGGAAGCAUCGUAUUUUGUUACGUAAGCCAUAUACCUCGUGAUAUAUCAGUUUCUCGAUUGUUUCGAGAAUAACGGUGACUACGACGAGUCAAAAGAAAUGUUCCGAGGCGGACGGUGGUGUUGUCAUUGCUGGAAACAAUGAUUGUGAUACGACUGUUGGAAAUCUGCGACCCGAACACGAUAGAAUCGAGAAUUCAGUAACGCACGAAGAGUCCACACGCAACAUGUCUACGAUAAAAACCACAGGGACGGGAACCACGCGAGUUCUCCCGGUGUUCAGUCACGUCAAAUAUGAACAUCUGAUCGCUGGUCUGUCCGGCGGGGUCUUGUCGACCUUGAUGCUGCAUCCCUUGGACCUGAUAAAAAUCAGAUUUGCCGUUAACGAUGGCAUCACACAUUCUACUCCACAGUACAGUGGUCUUCGGGGUGCCUUCGUAGAAAUCCACAGGACAGAGGGACUGAGAGGCCUCUACAGAGGGGUGGUACCAAAUAUUCUGGGCUCAGGCAGCUCUUGGGGAUUCUAUUUUUUCUUCUAUAACACAAUAAAAACAUGGAUCCAAGGUGGAAAUGCAAAGAAGCCUGUGGGCCCAGUAAUGCACAUGUUGGCUGCAGCUGACGCUGGGAUUAUGACACUGUUAAUAACGAAUCCAAUCUGGGUAGUUAAGACGCGGCUUUGCCUUCAAUAUACAAGUGAUGUGAAUCUUGCAGAAAGCAAAAGGUACUCCGGCUUGGUUGAUGCUCUCACCAAAAUAUAUAAAACAGAGGGUAUUCGAGGACUCUACAAGGGUCUUGUUCCUGGAAUGUUCGGUGUCUCACACGGCGCGCUUCAGUUUAUGACGUAUGAGGAAAUGAAGAAUAGCUAUAAUGACUACCGAGGAUUACCCAUAGACACAAAACUGAGUACAACGGAUUAUAUUGGUUUUGCCGCCUUAUCAAAAUUGUUCGCUGCUAUGGCGACGUAUCCGUAUCAAGUAGUGAGGGCUCGACUUCAGGAUCACCAUCACGACUACAGAGGAACUUGGCAUUGUAUUCAACUAACAUGGAGGGGUGAAGGUUGGCGUGGCUUUUACAAAGGGUUAGGCCCUAAUCUUGUCAGAGUGACGCCCGCGACUAUCAUCACAUUCGUCACCUAUGAGAACGUUUCCUACAAACUGCUACGCGCCAAGUCAUCCCGCAUGGAGGAUUUACCGGCAACUACCGCUGUCGCUAUAUUGAACACGUCAAAAACUGAGGUAACAGCGAAUUGAGUCCACCUCCCCGCAGAACCGACCCAUUCGGAAGUUAUCCAUAUAAUUCAAAGACUGUUCAAGAUAUUCGGACGGUGAAGAGCAAUGACUGAAAGGUUCACCAUUGCAUGUUUUUAUGUUCCAAAACAGACUAUGUACUGAAUUUCGUUACUUGCAAGUGUAACUAUAAGUUGAUAAUGUUAAAUUUGAAUUUUAUAAAGAUAGGAGUAUUUGAAUGUUCCUGCCAUUAUAAUCCUUUCAUCAGACUCUGCAUUUUAUUGUAACCAGUUCGUUUAAUUGAAAGAUAACAACUAGUACAUUAUGGAAAAUACAAUCUUCUUUUCAAAAUACUACAAUGAAUUGCAUAGUAAAUUCUUCAAAACACCCGAUACACAUUUUAGUUGGUAGAAUUUAAAUCCAUGCUCGAGGUCGCGAGUAGGUCCAGGUAUGCGCAAGAAUUUAUUGAGGACAAAAUACUACAUGAACAACAAAUUUUCAUUAUCACAUGCUUGCAUACGUCGGCGUACUAUGUUUCAUUUUGCGUCUAUUUUCCUUCGCAUUUCCUUUGUCUUACUUUUUGGCUUGCAAGGAAUAUAAGCAUACGAAUAUUUCCAAACAUCUUCUAUUUACUUUUAAGCUUUCGAUGCGCGGGCGUAUCAUUCUAAUCCUUCGUUCAGUGCACAAGUUGUAUAUUUCGUUCAAUAGACGUGCAUAUUUCGUUUAAACGCACUCUUUAAGUAUUGAACAUUAAUUAUUGUUACAGAAUCCAGUAAAUUAUUGUAUUUAUUGUAUAUCUACGCAAUCUACUUCAAUAUUGUUCCGAAUAUAAUUUGACCCCACAUGUAAGUUGAGUUCGGUAAUUAUUAUAUAAAUAUAUCUAUAAUAAAGCCAAUUCUGCAUAUAAUUCGGUACAUAUUUUCUGAUUCACGUACAAGCAUAAAAAAUCUCGGAUUAUAUUCGGAACGACAUGGCAAUAAUGUUGAAAACUUAACUCUGAGAAUAUGCUAGGUAGUAAUAAGUAAUAAAAAGCUGUAACAAUCGAAAAGAACCUUGGUCAACGUGUAACAAGGUAAUGUAGUCAAAAAUAAACUGUGGGAAAAUGGA